ACGAAUGUGCGUUUGGGAAAGUGAAAGUAGAGCUGCUCGGGCUGUUUGGUGAAUGUGCUGCUCCAUAGCGACUUCUACUUGUUCUUCCCAAUCCAAAAGACAGAGAGGGAAGUGGUUAUAUGAGUGCUUGCACACUGUCUGACCUGCAGUACAGCUGCUGCUGCUUUGUCUAUGUACACUACAUUUCCCACACGAGGCCCUGUGUUUACACCAUUGGAUCUCCUAUUAACAACAGGGCACUCUUUCCAUGUCAAGAGCCUCCAGUUGCAAUGUCUACUUGGCAUGCAACAGUUCAAGCUGCCCUCGAUAUUGUAGUUUUAAUGAGUGGUGAAAAUUGUGCUAUUCCAAAUCCCUCACGUGAAGGAUUCUACAGCUGGUUCUACUAUGUGACAAUGCCAAUGCCAGCAUCAACAUUUACCAUUGCAGUUGGAUGUUGGGAAGAAGUAAAAGAAAACUCCAGUUGUAAUAUGAAAACAUCAGAUUUAUGGACACCACUUUACAUCAGUAAUGAAAGCAGGCUAAAAGAAAAAAACUGCAAGCACAUGAAGUAUCCCUGUCGAUUUACCCUUCCUGAAGCGUGUUCACAGGCUGUUAUUCCACACCGCAUAUUUGCUUCACAAGUGUUAUCUAAGCAGUGCUCAGAGGUCCUGCUACCCCUUCUCUCUCCAUGUCUGGAAGCAGCACAUGCAGUCCUUGGAACACAUCCGUUCCCAAGACUUGAUAUUCUAAUUGUCCCAAGCAACUUUUCCAGCCUAGGAAUGGCAAGCCCACACAUCAUCUUCCUAUCUCAGAGUGUCUUAUAUGGAAACACUCAGCUCUGCACCACUCGGCUUUGCCAUGAAAUUGCACACGCAUGGUUUGGGUUGGCAAUAGGUGCAAGGGAUUGGACAGAAGAAUGGAUAAGUGAAGGUUUUGCUACCCAUUUGGAAGAUGUGUUUUUGGCAAUUGUGCAAAAGCUCCCACAGGAAGAAGCAAGAGACCAACAGGAACUAAAAGCUUUGCUAUGUUGGCGGCGCCUUACUGAUGAGCUGAAGGACUCCCAGGAAGAACUGCAGAUUUUAAGACCGCAUGGUGAGAAUACAGGGGAAGUGAGUGAAUCUGGAGCAUCAGUUGUGAGACACGGCCUCAAUGCAGAAAAAACCUUCAUGCAAGUUCAUUAUUUAAAGGGCUAUUUUCUCCUUCGUUUUCUUGCAAACAAAAUUGGUCAAGACGCCUACUUUGCAUUUUUAAGACAAUUUGUGAAUAUAUUUCAUGGGCAGUUAAUACUUUCAAAGGAUUUUCUUCAUAUGCUGUUGGAAAAUGAUUCGGAACUUAACAGGCAACAUCUGUCUGUUCAAGCAAUCUACGAAAUCUGGCUUGACACUCCUGGCAUGCCACAGCCCUUGCUGGAGGAAAGCCAGACUUGGAAAGGAUGCCGACUGGUUCAGCAAGUGAAUGAAGAGGUCUUAAAGUGGAUCCGAUUCAACCAAAAAAACAAAAAAGGCAGCAGCAGGAAAAGGCCACACAUUGAAGAGUUUGAUGAAAAGAUUCUCCCAGAGCAGCUGAUUUUGCUCCUUGAGUUACUGCUGGAGGAGAGAACCUUAUUCCACAGGACUCUGCGAUGCUUAGAGAACACCUACAGGCUGAGGAAUCAGGAUGCAGAGGUUCGGCAUAGAUGGUGUGAGCUGGUUGUAAAGCACAAGUACACUGUAGCCUACAAGGACAUUGAGAAGUUCCUGCAUGAGGACCAGGCUAUGGGUGUGUAUCUGUACGGAGAGUUAAUGGUGAACGAGGACGCCAGACAACAAGAAAUUGCUCACAGAUGCUUUGCUGCUGUAAGAGAUGACAUGGAUGUAUCCUGUGUAAAAGUGAUUGGAGAAAUGCUGUUUUGAUGGAUUUACUUCCGUAGCCCUAUGCUGUGACCAAAAACCUUUAUUUUUAUUAUCAGAGCAGAACGCUGUGUUUGGAUAUUUGCAGUCUGCAAUGCAUUUAAUGUCGAGGGGUCAGUAUGUCUGGUACUAUGGUUAGAUGCAGAAAGUGUAUGAUGUCUUGUACAAUAAGUCUCUUGCAUUUUAUAUAUAAAAUAAAUCUAGUUUACUGGGACUCGAAAAUGGAACCUGUGCAUUUCUAAACCUAAUCCUAAAGCAAUACUCAACACAUAAUUCCAUAGAUACUCUAUAUGCCAGGCAGAGAGAGAAGGGAAUCUGUAGGUGUACUGACGUUUAUAUGGUCCUACAGUAUUCCUUUAAAGCAGAUGUCUCUCUCCCAAAUAUUUGCACAUUAUUUAAACAGCGGUGUUUGCACAUGUACUGUGCUUUUGGGUCUGCUGUACUUUUUUGGUAUGCAGGUCUUCAGCAGAGCAAAAUAGUUAAGAUACUUGUCUAAUGAAGUAACACAUUUCAUUUGCUUUUCCCUCGGCCGCUCGCAUAACUUUGGAGAAGAUUGCUAUUAUUAACAGAUCCUGACGUCCAAGUCUUUCACAAGCAAUAAAGGGAAAUGUGCUGCUCAGGCAUUCUGCUUUCCUACAGUAAUGUGUGUCAUUUCAUAAGCGGCUUCAAAUGAUCUGUCAAAUGUAUGAUUAGCAGUACAGGAAUCCGAUUGGUUGGUGACUAUAGUGCAAACGUCCUCACUUGGGAGCCUUGUAGACUUUGGCCUUUUUUUUGUGCUAGUGAAGCCAUCUUUCAAUGAGCUCAAUUCUAAAUGCACUCUAUAAAUGGCUCCUAAUGCACACUUCAUGUCACGAGUGACUGUGUGUGCUCCAGACUGUGUGUGCUCCAGACUGAAGUGUGCUGAAGCAGCUAUACAGUCCCUCCCUUGUCAGAUUCCAUCUCCUUGUGGUAAUGGGUGCAGAGAGUGAUGCACCCAGCACCUUAGUUUAAGGCAGACCUGAAGCUUUGUGGCUGGAAGAAAAGAGUGAGAAGAAACCAACAGCAGCACAAAUGUAUUUGUCCUUUUGUAAGUAAUGGCUUUUCAUAUUUUAUAUUUGCAAAGUAUUGAUUUUAUUAUAUUGUUUCCUGUUUUGUGCUGAGUGCUCCAAUGUUGUAAUAAUGAGCUGCUGCAAACAGUCUGUGUUUCUGAACCUAUAAUCACAUUAUAAUGAAAUGUACUUUUAUUGAUUGAACCCUCAGCUGCACUUAGAGGCAAUGUAACUGUACCUUCCUCUUACAUCAGGAACUACUUCAGCUUUGAAGGAGUUAAAGUACAUUUUGCGUCAGGUCAUUGGUGUAAUGCCCUAUGGAUAUUGUAAUUGCAUUCCCCCCCCCCACCCCAUCUUAGUUUAAACCAUUUAGUAUAGCUGGUGUGUGAAUGUUAUGUCCAUUGCUGGGGAUUUCCUGUAUACUGUGUGAAUUAAAACUCUUUAUAUUUCUUGCUGCCACCGUCCAGGCGUAGAAUCAGCCGUGCAGCUGUGGGAGAAGCAAUACUGUGCGAUGGCUGUACGGGGUCACUUGCAAAACAACACAACUCGGUUACAGCGUGUGGAAUUUGAAAGGAGGUGUCGCGUUCCAGACUUUUCAACAUUUUGUAAUACCGGUGUGGCUGUUUGGGUUCCUGGCAUGCUGAUUUGUGAGUUAAGAUUAAAAUCACAUUGCCAGGGAUUACCACACAACCAUGUCCUUGGCGACUCUCAUGGAAACAUUAGCUGUUUUUCCCGAAAAGCACACAGAUCUGAAAAGGCGUCUCCAGGAAGCAAGAGGAGCCGCGCAAAUUCUCCCAUGGAACGUGAUCCAGCACUUAAACAAGGCUCAGACGUUGACCUUUCUACCAAGGUGCAGAGCUUAGCUGAUUGGUGAACAGUGAUUGAUCUCCUCUUUGUUCACAGUGGCUAAGUUCUGCACCUGAAGAGAGGGCGAGGGGAAGGGACAACGCCAGUGUUUGGCUUCAUCACCUCAACUAUAAAAUACUUUUCUUCCAAGAGGAACUGCAGAAACUAUUUUAGGUAUUUUUUUUUUAAUUUAAGAUGACCUUGAAAAAAGAACAUUCAGCAAAGCUCAACAGCUAUGUCAGAUUGUUAUUUUAUUGUUUUCAAUAAAGUGAAACAAUUAUGGUCCAAGAAGGAACUUCAUAAUAACAAAAUCUAACAUUUGGUAAUGUGUGUGCUCCCUAAUCAUGUCUUUAUGUGCAUACGGAGAAACGCAACUUCCUAAUAGGUUCUCGGAUUGGCCGUCGUGCGUUAUUCAAUAUGGCUGGACCCGAUGCCGUUCUACACAUGUGAUGGACCUGUCCUCUUGUGCCUACUGAACUGAUAUCAGUUCUAUUUCAUACACUGGCUCAGUUCAGCAGGAACAGGAGUUGGGCCCUUGAGCAAAGCACUGGCAACAUUCCCAAAGUACUGGCAACAUUCCCAAAGUACAUACAAGUACUACCAAGGGGUACAGUUCUGCGCCAAUAUUUGUUUUCAGGGCUGUUUAGCGUUAGUCAUUGGAAUGAGAAUGCUGCUGUGUCGUCACUGGAAGUCCAGGCCAGCAGUUACAGUUGUUAAAUAGAACUUUUUUUUUACGUUGUUGAAGUGAAUGUUUCUGCAUGAAGUUCUUGAAUGGCGCAGUAAACACAGUGAUGUAUUUUCUCGUGCAUUUUCGUGCAGCGUGGGCUCAUUACCAUUAAUCUUUGUAUGGUGUGUGCAUUUCUUUCUCUGACGUUUUUAUACAACUCAGUUUCCUUUUACUCUUCCAGACGUCAUGUUUGUCCUUUCCACUAUUAUUAUAUCAUUAAAAAUAUAUAAAAAGUG